AUGGAACAACGUCUGCAGGAAAACAUGCACAUGCACUUCGAGACAAGAAUGCAGGCAAUGGAGGUUUCUCGGAAAAAGAGUAUGGAAGCAUCGAACGAGAAUACCCGGACCAAGUUGGAGGCGUUGAAGAAUCAUGUGAUACCCAAGAUGGACCAUAUCCAGGGAACGUCGGAAACUGAGCUCAAGGAAAUAGUUGAAAACAAGAAUACUCUUGACAUGCUUAUCGAUACGGUACAAAAUAUUAGUAUGCAAGCAAAAUUAAACACUAGGUUAUUUAACUUUAUGUAUCCAUCGAGUUCUUGUCGGCAAGCACCCAAUGUAUCGGAUACUUACAUGAUCAAAAUUGGGGAGAAUAGCGAACCAUUCCAAGUAUUUUGUGAACAAAAUAUGUUCGAAGGCGGCUGGACUGUAAUUCAGCAUAGAUUCAACGGUUCAGUCGAUUUUUAUAGGAACUGGACGGAGUACCGCAACGGAUUCGGAGCUUUAGAUGGCGAAUUCUGGCUCGGGCUAGAAUAUCUGCAUCAAAUUACUAAAACUCAACCCCACGAACUGUUGGUGGAAGUGAAAGAUUUUCCCGGAAAUUACGGAUACGCUAAGUACGACGGGUUUGAGAUAGGUAGCGAAUCGGAGUUGUAUGCAUUGAAGAAGUUAGGGAGAUACUCAGGGACAGCAGGAGAUUCGAUGCGAGACAACAAGGAUGAAAAGUUUAGCACAUUCGAUCGCGACAAUAGUAAGAGUAAUUGUGCUAAGCAGCGACGCGGGGCCUGGUGGUACUAUGAUUGCUCCUCUUCCAAUUUAAACGGGCGUUAUCAAAAAACAAUGGGUGAUACGAGUGCGAUGUCAUCUAAUCCACCUUCCAGCGCGAACAGGGGAAACCGUCGCAUUUCCCUGGGAAAGCCAUUCCCAGGGAAGGUGUCCUCCCGGUUGGAUCGGUUUCGGAUUGAUGGCGCCCAGGCACGGAAGGAUGUCGGCGCGUAUCGAAGGACGCUGCAAGGACGCAAGUGGAGAGUCGACUUCCCGAAGUGA